UCAUUUUAAAGUAAAUAGGAAAGGACCAUUGAAGUGCUAUUAAAAUAGAUGUUCUCUAUCAAUAUAAAAACCGAACUAGUUGUUGUUGCCAAAAACAUCGAAUAUCCGAUAGAAGCAAUUUGCAUGAGGAGAUCGUAAAGAAGCUUUGGAACCACUACUUUAUUCCGAGUAGAAAUGCACACAUCUUUAGUAUAUAAUAACACAACUUGCUAUUGCAAAAAAUUAAUGAAACAUUUGACAGCAAUUUCACGCCUUUGUUUACUUUGCAUAGCAGAUGAAUGAGGUCCUAUUGUUUUCCGGCGCCAUUAUAUAUUGUCCGCUCGCUAUAAGGGAGAUAUUUAUAUAUAUUAUGUGCGAUGACCAUUGAAACUAAUUCAUUCAUGUUAAAAGGCACCUCUCGUUGUGUUGCAGUGAAAACAGAUGAAUAUAAAGGUAAAGAUUGUUGAAAAGCAAAACUUAAGAAACCUGCUCUUCAGUGGUGAACUCGUCGUGUAGACAAUGGCAUGGCUAAAUAUUACAGUUCUUUGCUGGAAUCUCUGUUUGUCUGUGUCAUUAGCAGCGUGUUGUUCUGAUAUCGGCUAUUUGUGCUGGAUUUGGAAGACUACCGGAAAGUGCGUCAGAAGUUCAGAUUAUGCCGUCAACAAAUGCAAAAAGACUUGCAACUUUUGUCCUGUUCCAACAGAAAUUCCAGCCGCAUCAAAAACAGUCUCACCAACAAUAACAGCAACUUCUAGUAUAAGUGUCGUAUCUACACCAGCACCAACACCUGAAUGUCAUUUUGAACAUUUACCAAUCAGCAGAGAUCGCUUUUGGGACAAACAACUCCAAGGUCACGUGAUUUGGCACCAGUUCGUUCUCUCAGAGGUUAUGUGCGAGGACCUUUGCCUUCGAGUGCCCAGAUGUGUGGCUUACAACUAUCAAUAUUCGGCAGAGGCGGGAGUGAAAGAGAAGUUUUGCGAACUGAUGAACGAGGUAGCAGUCAUAAAGGACAGUCCUGGUUAUAGUUUCCGAUUGUUUGAGCACGAGAGAGCUAAAAAGAACCUGUUAGGCUCUUCUUGUCUUGGUGGCACGUGAAGGAUUUAAACAAGGAAAAGUGCUCUAUUGCUUAAGUUGCAAUGUAUGCAGUAUUUCGUUCAAAUGUCUAAUAGCCGAAACAACAGAUAACCUUUGAGACUAACGCGCUUUGAAGGACUAUAAAGCUCUCUAUUUCAGUUCGUAGUGGGAAAUUCACUAAGGGUUAGACAAAAUUUUCUGCGAAUUUCGGGUCCAAAAUACGGAGAAACGAAAACCGAAAUUUAAUUUACGGUUCUUUUUGCCGUAAGUUUGAAUUUCAAAACGGGCUUGAAAUUGCUUGAAAAUAGCGAUUUAUAGGCCUGCAAAAAUAUGUUGUUCGGGUCAACGAGUAUUUUAAUUCUGUAAUUAAGAGAAACUAAAGCGUAAUAAACCAUUUUCUUGACUUUCGUGUUGUUUCGCCGUAUUUUUGCCUUGAUUUACCUUCGAAAACCCGCCCCCGGUCUUUCCGAUUUCAUUUGCUGCGUUAUAUUUUGUUAAAGCUCCUUAAGUCCCUAUGUUCAGGUCUGUGUAUCCCUCCAUCCUUUCCGAGUUCAUUUUACACUAAAACGCGGACAGGUUCAAUGUCCGUUGCACCAUUAUUCUCUCUUGUCAUAUGCCGGUUAGUUUCGUGAGCGCGCGAGAUGAACCAAGAUUGAAUUAGGGUUAGGCCGAGAGGGCAAGAUGGCGCUAUCUUGCCCGCUCGGGACUACCCGCUGUCUUUUUGUGGUGUUUAUGGACC